GAAUACCGAGCGAGACGAGGCCCAGCAAAGUUAUUUGUACUGAGAUCAAAAAUGCUGCGGACCAGUCAGACCAGACCGACCAAUUAAAGAAACAGCUGGAGGCCAAAAGCCAAGAAUGUUCCAACUUAAAAAGGCAACUGGAAAUAUCACAAAAGACGAGAGUGGCCGAGGCAGAGGCUUUAAGGAAGCAGGCACGAGCUAAUGAGGAUAUUAUCAAGAUGGUGGGAAGGAUGCAAGACUGCCUGGAGGCAAUUGAAAAUAAGAUGGACUCUGCCUUUGGAAGAUUGGACUCUCGGUUGCAAUCUUUGGAAGCACGGACAGUCAUCACCCCUAGCAAUAUGUUUAGCAGCACUAUCAACUAUGAUGCCCCAGAUGUCGUGGACACAUCGUGCCUGGAUGCUGAUGCAUUGCCAACCAUUGAUGUUGAAGCCUUUAGGCAGGUUUGUGACGAGACAGCCAGGACCCCUGAUCAGCCCCCCCAGAAGAGUGUAUCCAGUGAGCCGCAAACGCCCCCUCCCUGUGCCCUGACUGAAACAGAGCUCAUAGUCAGAGAAGGGCUGAUCCAGACAUGCGUCACACCAAGGAAAGUGCAAGCCCUCAAGCAGACACUGGACAAGGCCGAAGAGAUCCACAAGUGUGCCUUGAAGUUGCUCCCCUUCUUCUUUAGUAAGGAAGAAUUAGCAAGUUGCAAUACGGAUGGCAGUUAUGGAAAGGGGUCCCUAGAUGCAACCAGACUAAAUAAUCUUAAGAUUUUGCUGCUCACCAAAUUUCCAAAUAGCUCACCAUUACAGAAAGAUAAGCUCUGGAGAGCUAUUAAAAGUAAAAUAAAUGCCAAGUGUCGUGCCGGCAAGUUUGCUACCUUAAGGGAUAUUCAGGAACCUUAAGUUCAGUAGUUUAUCUUAAGAACUGUUCAAGUCAGAUAGGAGAGAAAGCAUGUAAGACAAGUAAUUUUGUAAACAUUAAAUGGAAAAUAUUGAAAGAAGUGUUUAUAUACUUAUGUUUUUUUGUGGAGUGGGGGAUGACAUAUAUUUUAGAGUCAGCUCUUAAAUUCAUUCACGUCUCAAACAAAUGGCAGGAAAAAGUCCUAUAAUUUGUUUAUUUAAUAUCUCAACAAACAUUUACAGAAGAAAAAGCUAUAUCUCAUUUGGAAGAUUGCAUUCAUGGUAGCUAGUACUGUUUUUAUAAAAGUUAAAUGAAUAAAAUUUGGCCAAGAAAAACCAGUUGCAGGUUGGAAGUUUGCUUACCUCAAAUUUUCGCUUCUAAUCUCGAACUAACCACAAAUUUUUUUUUUAUUUACUUGAAAUACCUUUCGGAUUGUUGUCAGCCUCAAAAAACAUCUUCAGGAUCUUUACAAAUCGUCCAAAUUGGGCAAAUCGUUCAUUCAACAACGUCAGCCAUUUUGAAACCUUGGAAAAAUGGUCGUGUAUGCCACAUUGAACUGUCUGAGCUCAAAUUUGCAGGGAGACUGUGUAACUCUCUUGUCACGCAUUCCACCAAAUCGGAAAUUUUUAUUGACUGACAACGAUAGCAUCGGAUAUGAUUGAGUAUUUUAUAGAAUUAAUUCUCGAUGAAUUACAACCACAAACCUGCACAAUUACAACCACAAGCUCGCACAAUUACAACCACAAGCUUGCACAAACUAGGAGAAGUGUUUUUG